AAAGAUGCCCAGCUCGCUCUUCGCCGACAACAGCUUGCAGGGGGAUGCGCUGGACGAGCAGAGAGCCCUGCAGAUCGCCCUGGACCAGCUCUCCCUGCUCGGCUUGGACAACGACGAGAACCCGCUCUACGACAACCAGGAGCCCCGGAAGAGGAGCGUCAACAUGACGGAAUGCGUCCCGGUGCCCAGCUCCGAGCAUGUGGCAGAGAUUGUUGGCAGACAAGGUUGCAAGAUCAAAGCACUGCGAGCCAAGACCAACACCUACAUCAAGACCCCUGUUCGAGGUGAGGAGCCUGUUUUUGUGGUGACUGGAAGAAGAGAGGAUGUAGCUAUGGCCAGACGGGAGAUCAUCUCUGCUGCCGAGCACUUCUCCAUGAUCAGAGCCUCCAGAAACAAAAACACCAGCCUGAACGGGAGUGGUACCCCAGUCCCUGGACCACCUAACCUGCCCGGACAGACAACCAUCCAGGUGAGGGUGCCUUACCGUGUGGUGGGGUUGGUUGUUGGCCCCAAGGGUGCCACUAUCAAGCGCAUCCAGCAGCAGACCCACACCUACAUUGUGACACCCAGUCGAGAUAAGGAGCCAGUGUUUGAGGUGACGGGGAUGCCAGAGAAUGUGGACAGAGCACGUGAGGAGAUUGAAGCCCACAUCUCUAUGAGGACAGGAGGCCUUAUUGAGCUCCAGGAUGAAAAUGACUUCCAUGCUAACGGCACAGAUGUUGGCUUUGAUCUGCACGGGCAUGCCACCCUGUGGUCCAAGCCAAAUGGUGGGAUGACCCUCGUCCGUAAACCCUUCUCCAACUACCGCAACGACUCGUCCUCCUCUCUGGGCAGUGCCUCUACAGACUCCUACUUUGGUAAUAACAGUUCACGCAUGGCUGACUACAGCCCUCCCAGCCCCGCACUCAGUUACACCACCACCAACAAUAAUGGGAACAACAAUAACAACAACAUCAACGUCAACACCAAUGGCAACGGUUUCGUUUACGGAGGUGAGGUGAUCUCGCCUGACUGCACUGAUCUGACUUUUGACUCAUCACCAGGGUUUGACCCAACACAAGCCCCACCAGGUCUCCUGUGGUCCAAGAGUGAUAGUCGCAUAACCCCCUCCUCAACUGGAGGCAGCUCCCCCACCUCAACUUCAGCCAUGUUCCCCACCAAUACAUCCACUAAUGCUAAUGGGAUAGUGGCGAGUCAGAGAAGAGUUAAUGGAUGUACCCCACAGCCCAGACUGUCCCCUCCACUCCAUAACCAUACCGGAGGCCCCACUGAGCACCCUUUAGCCCGAAGGGUUCGUAGUGACCCGGUUGGUGGUCCGCUCAGUUUCCCUGGUUACCCCAGUACCAUUGCUUCCCUGCCGGGCCCUCACCUACCUGGGGUUGCAUGUGACUCCUCCGCCUCAUCCUCUUCCUCGUCUUCAUCCUCCUCCACCUCUUCAAGAACAAGCCGAAAGGGCAGCCGUGAUUGUUCGGUUUGCUUCGAAAGUGAGGUCAUCGCAGCGCUGGUCCCCUGUGGGCACAACCUCUUCUGUAUGGAAUGUGCCAAUCGAAUCUGUGAGAGGAGCGAGCCCAAAUGCCCUGUCUGCCACACCGGCGUCACUCAGGCUAUACGUAUAUUUUCAUAAGAAGUGAAACUCUUUGACUCGUCAGCGAGACAGGCUACAAUAACAACAACAGACUCCUCAUACUGCUUUAAUGGUAUCACCCAAUCAUCUGUAACGUGUACAUAGAUAUACAUAUGUAUGUGAGAGGCUGCAGUAUCUAGAAGGAGGGACAGACACCCUUUUUGGGCUAAGUCAUAGUUGUUAAUAAUAUACUGUAGCUUGGGGAAAUAUUUUCAACAUCUAAGUGCAUGUUUUAAAUAUUACAGCAUAGUAAUCAAUAGUUCUAGUAAAAUUGUACCCUAUAUUUAUGAAAUGAAGAGACACAAUGGGGUCAGGAUGGAGUUAAGUGGGUCAAACUGCAGCCGUUUGCGGGCUGAGCGUUCCAGUUUUGCCGACUGAAUGUAGUAAGAGGGAGGCCAUGGCUGGGAAACGUGGAGAGCUUCCAGCUAAACAGGACUAUUGACUUACAAGAUACUGCAGCUUGAAGUCAGAGACGGGGAGAGGAACAACAUAUCCUAUAUAUAUAUGUAUAGAAUAAGUUUCCACAAGUUGAAUGUUUUAAAUGACAUUAAUACAGAUUGAAGUAUUUUAUUCUU